AUGGAUUUCUCUUUCUCUUUCAUGCAAGGGAUCAUGGGAAACACAAUUCAGCAACCACCUCAACUCAUUGACUCCGCCAACAUCCGCCAGGAGGAUGCCUUUGAUAACAACAGUGACAUUGUUGAAGAUGGUGGCCAGACACCAUAUGAAGCUACCUUGCAGCAAGGCUUUCAGUACCCACCCACAACAGAAGAUCUCCCUCCACUCACGAAUGGCUACCCACCAUCCAUCAGCAUGUAUGAAACUCAAACCAAAUACCAGCCGUAUAACCAGUAUCCCAACGGGUCCGCCAACGGCUUUGGUGCAGUUAGAAACUUUAGCCCCACUGACUAUUACCAUUCAGAAAUUCCAAACACACGACCCCAUGAAAUUCUGGAAAAGCCUUCUCCUCCACAGCCACCACCACCUCCACCUUCGGUACCACAGACUGUGAUUCCAAAGAAGACUGGCUCACCUGAAAUUAAACUAAAAAUAACCAAAACUAUCCAGAAUGGCAGGGAAUUGUUCGAGUCUUCCCUUUGUGGAGACCUUUUAAAUGAAGUCCAGGCAAGUGAGCACACAAAGUCGAAGCAUGAAAGCAGGAAAGAAAAGAGGAAAAAGAGUAACAAGCACGACUCAUCCAGAGCUGAAGAGCGCAAGUCACACAGAGUCCCCAAGCUAGGACCAGAAGGACAAAAUAGACCAAAUGAGAGGGUUGACCCUGUAUCAGAAAAGCCAAGAGAAGACCCAGUGCUGAAAGAGGCGCGCCCGGUUCAGCCGAUGUUACCUUCUGUUCCAACAGCAGAGGCAUCCGCUGGUGUGAAAUUCCAGGUCGGCGAUCUUGUUUGGUCUAAGGUGGGAACCUAUCCUUGGUGGCCUUGUAUGGUGUCCAGUGACCCCCAACUUGAGGUGCACACCAAAAUUAACACAAGAGGUGCCCGGGAGUAUCACGUCCAGUUUUUUAGCAACCAGCCAGAGAGGGCGUGGGUUCAUGAAAAGCGGGUCCGAGAGUAUAAAGGCCACAAACAGUAUGAGGAACUACUGGCUGAAGCGACCAGACAAGCCAGCAAUCACUCUGAAAAGCAGAAGAUUCGGAAACCACGGCCUCAGAGAGAACGUGCCCAGUGGGACAUCGGCAUUGCCCACGCAGAGAAGGCACUGACCAUGACCCGGGAGGAGAGGAUAGAACAGUAUACUUUCAUCUAUAUUGAUAAACAGCCCGAGGAGACUCUGUCCCAAGCUAAAAAGAACGUUGCCUCCAAAGCCGAAGUGAAAAAGCCCCGAAGACCAAGGUCCGUGCUCAAUGCACAGCCAGAACAGAUCAAUGCCGGCGAGGCGGCCUCCUCGCCCUCAGGUACUGAAAUGCGGAGACACAGCCAGCGGCGGCACACUGGCGUGGACGAGGAUGACCCGCCUCCCGUGAAAGUGGCCUGGAAAACAGCGGCAGCGAGGAAAUCCCUACCAGCGUCCAUCACCAUGCACAAAGGGAGCCUGGACUUGCAGAAGUGUAACAUGUCUCCCGUGGUGAAAAUUGAACAAGUGUUUGCUCUGCAGAAUGCUACAGGAGAUGGGAAAUUUAUCGAUCAGUUUGUUUAUUCGACGAAGGGAAUUGGUAACAAAACAGAAAUAAGUGUCAGGGGACAAGACAGACUUAUAAUUUCUACACCAAACCAGAGGAAUGAAAAGACAACUCAGAAUAUGUCGUCUCCUGAAGCAACAACUGGUUCUGCAGGCUCAGUAGAAAAGAAGCAGCAGAGAAGAUCAAUUAGAACUCGUUCUGAAUCAGAGAAAUCCACUGAGGUUGUGCCAAAGAAGAAGAUCAAAAAGGAGCAGGUUGAAACAGUUCCUCAGGCUACAGUGAAGACUGGAUUACAAAAAGGUGCCAGCGAGAUUUCAGAUUCCUGCAAACCUCUAAAGAAAAGGAGCCGCGCCUCAACCGACGUAGAAAUGGCUGGUUCCACAUACAGAGACACGUCUGACUCCGAUUCCAGAGGGCUGAGUGACCUGCAGGCAGGCUUUGGAAAGCAAGUCGAUAGCCCUUCGGCUACUGCAGAGGCAGACGCUUCUGAUGCGCAGUCCAUGGAUUCAAGUCUGUCACGAAGAGGCACUGGAAUGAGCAAGAAGGACACUGUAUGUCAGAUCUGUGAAAGCUCUGGCGACUCUCUGAUUCCCUGUGAGGGAGAGUGCUGCAAACACUUCCACCUGGAGUGCCUGGGCUUAUCAUCACCCCCCGAUGGAAAGUUCGUCUGUGUCGAGUGUAAAACUGGCCAGCACCCGUGUUUUUCAUGUAAAGUGUCUGGUACGGAUGUGAAGCGUUGCUCUGUCAGCGCUUGUGGGAAAUUUUACCAUGAAGCCUGUGUCCGCAAAUUCCCCACUGCCAUCUUUGAAUCAAAAGGCUUCCGCUGUCCCCAGCACUGCUGUUCUGCCUGCUCUAUGGAGAAAGAUAUCCACAAAGCAAGUAAAGGUCGCAUGGUGAGAUGUCUGCGGUGCCCAGUCGCCUACCACUCCGUAGAUGCUUGCAUUGCCGCCGGCAGCACCCUCGUGUCUUCCUGCGUUCUCAUCUGCAGUAAUCAUUCCACACGGAGCAGUAGCUCUUCCUCUGCUAUAAAUGUAGGCUUUUGUUUCGUUUGCGCCAGAGGGCUGAUAGUGCAGGACCAUUCAGACCCCAUGUUCAGUUCCUAUGCCUAUAAGUCCCACUACCUACUGAAUGAAUCAAAUCGUGCAGAGUUGAUGAAACUACCUAUGAUUCCUUCUUCGUCAGCUUCCAAAAAGAGAUGUGAGAAAGGUGGACGACUGCUCUGCUGCGAGUCGUGUCCAGCCUCCUUCCACCCGGAAUGCCUGAGCAUAGAGACGCCCGAAGGCUGCUGGAACUGCAAUGAUUGCAAAGCUGGCAAGAAGCUGCAUUACAAGCAGAUUGUUUGGGCCAAAUUGGGAAAUUACAGAUGGUGGCCGGCUGAGAUCUGCAAUCCCCGGUCUGUGCCGCUCAACAUCCAGGGCCUCAAGCACGACCUGGGCGACUUCCCCGUGUUCUUCUUCGGCUCUCACGACUACUACUGGGUCCACCAGGGCAGAGUGUUCCCUUACGUUGAAGGAGACAAAAGCUUUGCUGAUGGACAGACCAGUAUCAACAAGACCUUCAAAAAAGCGUUGGAAGAAGCUGCAAAACGUUUCCAAGAAUUAAAAGCACAAAGAGAAAGUAAAGAAGCACUGGAGAUUGAAAAAAACUCAAGAAAACCCCCUCCAUACAAACACAUCAAAGCCAACAAAGUGAUAGGGAAGGCGCAGACCCAGGUGGCAGACCUGUCGGAGAUCCCCCGCUGCAACUGCAAGCCGGCCGAUGAGAACCCGUGCGGCCUGGAGUCCGAGUGCCUGAACCGGAUGCUGCAGUACGAGUGUCAUCCGCAGGUGUGCCCGGCGGGCGAGCGCUGCCAGAACCAGUGCUUCACCAAGAGGCUCUACCCGGACGCCGAGGUCAUCAGGACCGAGCGCAGGGGCUGGGGCCUCAGGACCAAGAGGAGCAUCAAGAAGGGUGAAUUUGUAAAUGAAUAUGUUGGCGAAUUAAUUGAUGAGGAAGAAUGCAGAUUGCGAAUCAAGCGAGCCCACGAGAACAGUGUAACUAAUUUUUAUAUGUUAACUGUUACCAAGGACCGUAUCAUUGAUGCUGGCCCGAAGGGAAAUUAUUCUCGCUUUAUGAACCACAGUUGUAAUCCAAACUGUGAAACCCAAAAGUGGACCGUGAAUGGAGACGUUCGCGUUGGGCUUUUUGCUCUUUGUGACAUUCCUGCAGGGAUGGAGCUAACAUUUAAUUACAACCUGGACUGUCUGGGCAACGGCAGGACGGAGUGCCACUGUGGGGCAGACAACUGCAGCGGCUUCCUGGGCGUGCGGCCCAAGUCGGCAUGUGCCUCCACAGCUGAAGAAAAGGCCAAAAACGCUAAGUUAAAGCCGAAGCGACGGAAACUCAGAGCCGAGCCCAAGCAGCUGCCGGAGGACGCCUGCUUCCAGUGCGGGGGCGGUGGGGAGCUGGUCAUGUGCGACAGGAGGGACUGCCCCAAGGCCUACCACCUGCUCUGCCUCAACCUGCCGCAGCCGCCCUUCGGAAAGUGGGAGUGCCCCUGGCACCAGUGUGAUGAGUGCAGCGCUGCGGCCGUCGCCUUCUGCGAGUUCUGCCCCCGGUCCUUCUGUAAAGAUCAUGAGAAGGGGGCGCUGGUGCCCUCUGCCCUGGAAGGCCGGCUCUGCUGCUCGGAGCAUGACCCUGCGUCCCCCGUGUCCCCCGAGUACUGGAGCAAGAUCAAGUGUAAACUGGAAUCACAGGAUCACGGAGAAGAAGUCAAAGAGUAA